AUGUCGCGUAAAUCGUUUAAUAUCUGUGUAGUUUUUGAUAUUUUAGAUGUAAGUACCUAUCUAUAACAUUAAUCAUUAGAUACCUAACUACUUUUACUGUAUUAUAUUGAUAAAUAGUUGAAAAACUUGCAACUAUAUUAUAGGUUACGUGUCCCGGUGUUUGUAUAUGUCCAAAAGGAAUGGUGUAUCUCGAAAUUUGUUUGUUCGGAUAUAAUAGCAGCACUUCAUUUGUGGAACCCAAAUUUCCACUAGUUUUCAACGAAACAUUUAGCUUUCACGAAGUAAAAACAAAAUAUAAUACCUAACUAUAUUAGUAAAAUAUUCAUUAUUCGUAGGUACCUAUUUACCUAAUUCUCAAUAUUUUUGUUUAAUUUAUGACGUGUUACCAAUAGAAUUUCGCAAAAGCCUUUGACUUGAGGGGCGUUCAGAAAUGUCUGGAAGACAAAUAUGUGCAAAUUACUUUGACACAAGUCUACAAAAAUAAACAAGUCACUUUAGCUAUUUAUAAUUCUAAUGUUGACGAAAUGUUAUACCCUGAACGUAAUCAUUCGAAUAAGAACGGAAAAACAGCAUUGUUCAUGAAAAAUGAACCUUUAUUUCCAGUCAGUAACUACCUAUAUUAUAAUAAUAUUAUUCACUUUAAUAAAUAGGUAGGUAUAUAUUUAUUACCUACCUACCUAUUAUAUGAGUACCUAAUUAAAAUUAUUGUAAUUUUCUCAUAACCCGCGUGAUUUAAAAGUAGUACUGUCAGUGGCGGAUCCAGGAGGAGGGUACAGAGGCACAUACCCCCCCUGUCAAUGGACUACAGUUUUUAUUUUUAUAUUUUACAUUAAUUUAAUAUAUAAUUUAUAAUUUAUUUAUUGAAAAUAUAAAUAAUGUGCCCCUCCCCUUUUAAAACAUUUCUGGAUCUGCCACUGAGUACUGUUAAAUUUAUGAGAACUCAGAAAAAAUUUAUAAGUAUUAAGAUUAUGUAUGAGCUCAUUAUAUAGUUAUUAGUUAUCCACCUACCUAUAUAGAUAAUUUCGCUAGGUUUACUCAGAUUCUGAAACAUAGCAGUAGGUAGGUAUUUAAAUGAUUUUUUUUUUCAAUAAUUUAUCAAGUCAAAAUGAAACAUAAUUUUGAAAAUAUAUAAUUGCAGGGAGUACAUUUUAGAUAAAAUAUACAUCUGGUACUAGACAUUAUUAAAUUAAUAAAGGUUUUUAAUGUUAUUUUAUAUAGUUGAAAAUUUUACAAAUAUUAUUAUGGGUAGGUACCUAUAAUAAUUAUACUUAUAUUAGACAUAGGUAUAAUAUAUUGCAAAUAUACUAGUACAUUUCUUUAAUCCUUUCUUAAAAAAUAUUACUCCUAUUAUAGUAGAUUUUACCUUCUAAAUUCUAUUAGAUACCUAUUAUACCUAUUUAAAUAUUUAAAUGAUCAUUAUAGGUAGUAAUAAAAUGCCAUUUAUUUUGUUGUUUCCUGAUUGUUUAUUCCUGCGAAAAUUUGGAAAAUAAUUAAAAAUGUUUAAAAGUUGAAACUAUUUUUUAAAUUGGUAGUUUAGGUAGAUAGGUAUGAAUAGUAGAUAUAAUUAAUGAAUAACAUAAUUAUAUAAUUGUUUAUUGACUGUUUAUAAUAAUACAAUAUGAGCAAUGACGAUCAAUAUAAUUAUAGGGAACUAUUUCACCAAAAAUUACUGUGAUCACCAAGACUAGCGUCACUGAACAAAUACAUACCAUUUUACAAAAUAAUCAUUGUUCAUCGCAGAGUCUAGAAACGCAAUGUUGGCCAAACCGAAUGAAAAGAGUUCAUCACUCAAAACAAAUGAACUCUGAAUGUUUUAAUAAAAUAGAUCAUAGGUUGUAUACAGAAAAUUAA